AUUUCUUUUUCCUAUUAGAUUUUCUGAAGGAAAUUCUAAUCGAACACUGCUGCCUCGGCUGUAAUAACAUUACCUUUCUCCCAGCGCUUGGUGGGAUAGAAAAGUUUGUAACCUACUUAUCCAAUAACAACACUGCUGAUAUUGUCCUACCUGUUGAAAAUGGACGGCAUGCUUCCAUGUUUUAUGGCAAUCCCUACAUCUCUCUCAUACAGAUAUCAAAAGUGUUAUUUAUUAGAAAAGGCAAAAAAGUUGCAAAUUCAGAUCUUCUUGAACCCUUGCUGGACAGUACACUAUCAACAUGGCCCCUUGCUGUUAUAGCGAUUGCUAUGGCAGUAUGUGCUGGUACAGUCAUCUGGAUGAUGGAUACGUGGUUUAACCGUCAUCAAUUUCCUAGAAGUUUUCCAAAGGGACCGUUUGAAGGAUUUUGGUGGGCAUUCGUUUCCAUGACAACAGUGGGAUACGGUGAUCGUACACCACAUUCAGUGGCGGCAAGAUUAUUCGCUGUCUGUUGGAUUUUCAGUGGAAUCAUUGUUUUUAAUAUGUUUACUGCGGCUAUAACUUCUUCACUUACCCUCGCAAUGAAAGAUAAUGAUGAUUUUAAUGUUUACAAAGAAACUGUAGGAGUGUUGGGCCAUUCAACUGCGACAAAUGUUGGUGUACUUCAAGAAAAUGCGAAACCAAAAUAUUAUGAAAGCAUCGAUAUGCUGAUCUCCGCUUAUGAAAAGAAGGAGAUAUACGCAAUGGCAAUGGAAGAUCUUGAGGCAUUUCAUUACUUAGAAGAGGUGAAACAACAUGAUUCCUCAUUCAAUGUAAAGAUGACAACAAAAUUGGAACAUAACGCACUUGGGUUGGUUAGCAAUUCCAACAUUAUAGGCAUGCUGAAAACAUUUUUUGAGGCGAAUCAAGAUAGCAGAAGUAUAAUGACUGGACGAUCGUUGUAUAUGGAUUUUUAUGAUUCGAAUUUUUCUAAAUACAAGAUUCAACAUCAACACAGCUCUCCCUUCUCAGCGACGCACUACACAUUUUACAUCACCGUUGGUACAAUGUUUUCUUUUUCGCUGGCCUGUAUUUUAGUCAAUCUUUUGAUCACAUCCAAACGAUGUCCAUGUAAAAGAAAUACCGAAGUGAUUACUCAACAGGAGCGCCACACACAUUUCAACAUGUAGUACCUAUCGCUUCAGAUUGUCAGUUUUGAGAUUAACAGUAAACUUCUUGUUAAGUUCUUGGACUUCUGUGGAAACACGACAUGUUAAAGCGAAUUACUUGAAAUUGUAUUGUAUUAUAUAUAGUAUACCAAAAUAAUAUAAUAACAGGGUCUGUUACGAAAUUUAAAAGUUCAUCAGUGGCUCUAAAGGCAAUACAUUUGUUCUCAUGAAAAAAAAUUUUUAACAAAAAGUGAACACAAAAUUUGAAUUUGUUUU